UGGCGGGGGGGAGGAGGUGGCGGUUUGGCGGCCGCUCUCUCUCUCUCUCUCUCGCUGGGCUCGGGCUGGGCUCGGGCUGGGCUCGGCUCGCUGGUCCCUCAGGCUCUCGGUCACCUGGCGGCGCCGCGAUUAUGGUCCGGGCGGCGAGGGGGUGGAUAGGAAGCCGCGUUUAGAGCGAAGGAGCACGGUUUGACUUGAUGGCUCCGAAACUGGACCCUAGGCCUAAAUUUCAGGAAGGUGAACGUGUCUUGUGUUUUCAUGGGCCAUUACUUUACGAAGCAAAGUGUGUAAGGGUUGCUGUAAAGGACAAACAAGUGAAGUACUUCAUACAUUAUAGCGGCUGGAAUAAGAACUGGGAUGAAUGGGUUCCAGAGAGCAGGGUGCUGAAGUAUGUGGACACCAACCUGCAAAAGCAGAAGGAACUACAAAAGGCUAAUCAAGAGCAAUGGGCAGAGGGGAAGAUGAGAGGUGCUGCACCAGCCAAAAAGGCUACCAACAUGCAACAGAAGAAUGUUGAAAUAAAAACAAAAAAGAAUAAACAGAAAGCUCCUGCAACUGGUGAUGGAAGUAGCACUAGUGAAACGCCACAACCACCCAGGAAGAAACGAGCAAGAGUGGAUCCCACUAUGGAGAGUGAGGAGACCUUUAUGAACCGAGUAGAAGUAAAGGUGAAAAUUCCAGAGGAGCUCAAACCGUGGCUUGUGGAUGACUGGGAUCUGAUCACACGACAGAAGCAGCUGUUUCAUUUGCCUGCUAAGAAGAAUGUCGACACGGUCUUGGAAGACUAUGCAAACUACAAAAAGUCACGAGGGAACACAGACAAUAAGGAGUAUGCUGUGAACGAGGUCGUUGCCGGGAUAAAGGAGUACUUCAAUGUGAUGUUAGGGACACAGCUGCUGUACAAGUUUGAGCGCCCGCAGUACGCGGAGAUAUUAGCAGAUCAUCCAGACGCUCCCAUGUCACAGGUUUAUGGAGCGCCUCAUCUCCUUCGGCUAUUUGUGCGAAUCGGAGCGAUGUUGGCAUACACACCGCUGGAUGAGAAGAGCUUGGCAUUGCUGCUCAAUUACCUGCAUGAUUUCUUAAAGUACUUAGUGAAGAAUGCCACGGCUCUUUUUAGUCCGAGUGAUUAUGAAGUGGCUCCGCCUGAGUAUCACCGGAAAGCUGUGUGACUGACGUUGGUAACCGACCCACUCUUAUACUCCAGUUAUCGUUCAAUUUGUUAGGUUUAAUUUUGGCAUAAGUAAUUUUUCCAUUGGGUUACUUUUAGCAAAAGUUAAACAGAACGUGUGCACACUGAUAACGACUGGAGCAAUAAUUUUCAGAGCCUAGUUUUUUGAAGCAGGUUUUCUUUUGGUGGACUGAGUAUAAUAAUGGUUAUUCUUCCUUGUGCGCUGCUUCACUGUUGGAAGCAGCCACGUGUUAAUGUGGAUCAAAUCAAAUGUGUUCCUUGUUCCUUGGGAUCAAUGGUCAACAAACUUACAUCAAUCUGGUACAGAAGACAGUCAAUCAUCAGCAUCACUGCGCUGCCCUUGUGGCCAGGAGAAGCUUUUACUACGUGAUCAAGAUUCUUUACAUCCGUGUAGUGGUGUCUGUCUGUGUUUUCCUCUCACUCCUUUCCUCCUUCCCUCCCCCCCACCUCCCCCCCCCCAUGACCCACGUUACAGACUUUGGGCAGAAACCCUCUUUGUUACCGGAAAGAAAGAUUUGCCGAGAAAGAAACAAGCUUAAAUCGCUGUGACCUAACACUACUUAGGAUAUGUAAGCGUUGAAUCCCGGUAAGAGUGAAGGAGGACGUAAGGUGUUAAAAUGGCCGUGAAAUUUGAUGAAAUUAUCUGGUCGUCUGACUGAAAUGUGAGUGUUUCUGGUAGCCAGUCAGUGGCAGAGACUGGCAUCAGAGUUCAGGAGGUGACUAGCUGUUUUUUUGACGCGGGUUCCUGGUUACCAAUCAUUCCCUGUCGACAAUUUGCUUUUUAGCUCUGGGUAUUUGGCGGAGGUGUUUUUUGACUUUUAUUCUAUUUGGAGAAAAACAAGUGAUAUUUUUGAUUCAUCCUAAUGCUGACUGCGAACCAAAGAGGGAGGAAGAGAGAGAGAGAGAGAGAAAGAGCAUCCUCUCUCCGAUAUUGCGUUCGUCUGCCUCGAGGAGCCACUGAAAGCAAAAUAGGAAUGUUUUUUGGGGGAAAGAAAUUUGGAGAGGAGUGGGAGGCCGAAUCAAAGCCCCCAAGCUUUAGUUCUUGGAAAAUAAUUGAUUAAAGAUGGUUUUUCUCUCAACCUAGUGUCAACUUCUCAACCUCGCCAAUCUGUCUCAUUGACAGCCUCUGCCUUGGGAACUUUAGUGUAAUGGAGUCUGUAAAAGAUCAGGGUGCUCUGGCCAGCCAGGGCUGCUUUAUAUCAUUGUAAAUGUAAAUACCCUGGUGGCUUCUGGUGAUGCAGUGUAACUAUCAAUGAAACCUGCCGUCCCAACUGUAGCUCACGAGCUUGUCCCAGGCAACUGGAGACCAGUUUGGGGUGAGUUGCAUUUUAAAGAUCUCUUGCAGUCACUCUCGAGCAGAGAGCUCUGUUUGUACAGUAAAAAUAACCAUAUGUAAACCGUGUUUCUGCUAUCACUGUAUUGUAGACUUUUUCAUAAUGCCGAAUGAUACUUUUUGUUGUAAUAUUUGAAAUGUUUUUUUUUAGAGAGACACGCGCACACACACACCCCGCACACACACACCCACACACAUGCAACCUGACGUGUAAAAAGUCACCGAGAUAGAACCCUCAGCGUGUAUCUGUUGUUGUGCAUUGAGGGGAAUGCUGUCAGUGGGAGAUCCGGUUUGUUGAUUUUUAACAAGAUGUUCUGUGAGAUGUCCUCUGACUGAAUGUAUAAAUUUCAUUCUUUGUUUACCGAUUUGAGUAAAAAAAACGAGAAUUAUGUCA